AUGAGUCUAUUAAGAAAGCAGCGAACCAUUCCAAAGAAAGAUUCUCCAAUUGUUGUGGUUGGUUGUGGAGUUUUUGGUUUAUCCACAAUUUUAGAGCUUAAAAAGAAGGGAUACACAAAUGUUUUGGGCUUGGAUGUGAGUACAAUUCCAACUCCGAGAUCAGCUGCUACUGAUUAUAAUAAGAUGUUGAGAGUGGAGUAUGCAAGUCCAUUAUAUGCAAGACUCGCAGUGGAAGCAUUGAAAUCAUGGGAAAACGACCCUCUUUAUAAACCAUUCUACAAGAAAACAGGCAGAUUGGUUCUCUCACCAUUUAAAAAGGAAAAUCAGGCAAGAAUUAUUUAUGAUAAGAUUGGUGCGGAGAAUGUGAAGAAGUUGGGGGUUAAUCAGAGGAUUAUAAAACUUAAUUCUGGCAAGGAGAUUGCCAAACUUAUAUCAGAGUUCCGGAACAAUAAGCUACCAGAUCAUUUGGUUGCCAGAUAUAACAUUGACUCGGCAUUGGGGGAGUCAGGUAAGUCGUUGGUUGCUGUUUAUCGGGAAUGCGUUAGGCUAGGUGCUAAGUUCGUGUUUGGCAAGGGCGGGCAUGUAGUUAGGGUGGAAGAAGGUAGGGUAUAUGCAGAAAAUGGAGAGAUUUAUCGUGCCGAUAAGAUUAUUGUCUCCUCUGGAGCAAACACCUCAGCUUUGGUGGAUAUGGAUCAUAUUGUGACUGCAAUUGGUCACCUCGUGUCUCAUGUUCAACUCACAGAAGAGGAAUAUGAAAAGUACAAGAACAUGCCUAUCUUUUUCAGCGGGGAACUUGGCUACUUCUUCCCACCUGAUCCAAAAGAUCACGUGAUUAAAAUUGGACAUACUUUUGCAGACGCCAGAAAUUAUGUUAGAAAUCCAUUCAACGAGCAUCAAACCACGUCAAUUCCUUCAUAUGUGCAUGAUGCACCAAAGGAUGUAGAGGAUAUAACUAGGCAAUUGAUGAACUUGGUUAUUCCUGAAUUGGCAAACAACCCUAUUGUCAAUUGUACCAUCGCGUGGACAAGUCUUACCUACGAUGAGAACUUUGUUUUAGACUACUUGCCGAAAUCUGACACAAUUAUCGCAUGUACGGGUGAUUCAGCACAUGGAUACAAGUUUCUUCCAAACAUUGGAAAGUACAUCGUACAGAGAUUGGAAGAUACACUAGAUGACGAACAUGCUCUUACUUGGAGAUACAGAGAGCCACUCUGGAAUAAAAAAGCGGUCUCAGGUAGAACAAGCAGACCUAGUUAUGAGGUUAAACAGAUCAAAAACUGGAUUAAAAAGACCUCACAUAAACGUGCAGCAAAAUUGUGA